AUGAAGACUCCGUCUGCAUCUCUGCUCCUCGGUGUGUGUGUGCUGCUGCUGUCUGCACUGACUGUUUCUGCAGUCUCUCUGUCUGUCAGUCCAAACCUUCAGCAGUUCUUCAGAGGGUCUUCUUCAGUGUCUCUGAGCUGUGUUGAUGAUGAACAGACAGUUGAUGGAUGGACGGUGAGGAGGACCAGAGGAGGACUCACUGAGGACUGUGGAGCAGCUGCAGGCUUUGGUAGGGCUGAAGGUUCCUCCUGUGUUCUGGAUCGCUCCUUCUCCUCUGAUGGAAAUUACUCCUGUAUAAACUCAUCGGGACAGCAGAGCGAUGAAAUCUCCAUCAGUGUUUCAGAUAAAACUGUCAUCCUGGAGAUUCCUGCACUUCCUGUGAGGACAGGAAAUGAUGUCACUCUCCGUUGCAGAGAGAGGAGCGGUGACACAGCUGCUGCUUUUUUCUUCUUUAAUGGACGUCCUGUUGGAUCUGUACUUACAGCAGAGCACGUCAUCAGACAGGCCACACAGUCUGAUGAAGGGCUCUACUGGUGUGCUACUGAUAUAUCUGGACCAUCUCCUCAGAGCUUUCUGAGGGUCAGAGAUUCUCCUCCUCCUACAAAUUCUCCUCCUCUUACACACACAAGCUCAGACUCCACUCCUCCUCCUAUGAACACUUCCUCACCUCUCACCUCCUUUCUCACAGCACUCAUUGGAGGCCUUCUUCCUGUGGUUCUUCUGGUUCUGGUUGUGGUUCUAGUUCGAGUUUCUUUCCAGUACAAGAAAAAAAAUGAAGAAAAUGGUGCUGCUGAGCUCACCUAUGAGCAGGUGGUCAUCAAGGACCAGAGGAAGGCUGGCAGGAGGCGAGUAUUGAUAUCAGUGCUGACGUACGGCGUUCCAUCAAACCACAGCAGAGCUGCUGAGGUCAUCGUUUCCCUGCCAGAACCAAAGAAACGUCAGACAGAAGCCGCCAUGCAGUGCCGUCUGUUUCUGCUUCUUCUGAUGGGUCAGAGCUUCUUCCUCACAUGUGGCCUGUAUGAGUUCCACUUUAUUAAUGUGAACAGACCUGGAAGGAAGCACAGGCAUACUGCAGAGAGGAAUUAUACAGACCUGGCCAAAGUGUUUGACCUGACAGACAUGAGAAGACUCCCAGAACUCCCACAGUAUAAAGGAGAAGCCUGGAUUGGACUGUACAGCAAACCAGGAAAAGAACAGGACAUGGUACUGGUCUCUGCCCGGGGGGUGGAGGAGUAA